AGUGGGAACAACUUAAAUUAUUGUAGCUCUUUGGUCACACUGAACCCCGAGUGUUUUUUGAUACUGGCUUACAAUAAGAUGAAGUUAACUUUUAUUUUGUUUAUCUGCGCUUUCGUGGCCGCCACAGCUGCCAGCGAUCCAAAGGUGAAGAUCGGCAUUAAGAAGCGGGUGGAGAACUGCACCCGGAAAGCCAAGGGCGGCGAUCUCGUCCACGUGCACUACAGAGGAGCACUACAGGAUGGAACCGAGUUCGACAGCAGCUAUUCCCGCGGCACUCCCUUCUCCUUUACCCUGGGAGCGCGACAGGUGAUCAAGGGCUGGGAUCAGGGAAUUCUUGGUAUGUGUGAGGGUGAGCAGAGGAAGCUGACGAUUCCGCCCGAACUGGGAUACGGAGCAAGUGGUGCCGGUGGCGGAAAGAUUCCCCCUAAUGCGGUGCUCGUCUUCGAUACAGAGCUGGUAAAAAUCGAACCGCGCUCUGGAUCUGAAGAGCUGUAAACAAACAAGGCCAUCAAUAGGCAUUCCAUGCUACACCCAAAGUUUACUUUCAACUGAAGUCAUAAACAUUUAAUGCUCAAAUAAUUAAAGUACUUUUUACCAUUUUACCUUAAACAGCAAUACCUAAUGUAUUGAAUUUUCAAUAAUUAAUUUGUUAUAUUUUGUUUUUGAAACGGUGC